AUGGCACCUCAAGGCUUCAAAAAGCCGCCUCAGGCUCCCCCUCUGUUUACGGGGACUCCCAAGUCGGUGAUUGAGGACACGAAACGGCUCAUUGAGAGGUCGAGAAGCACAGAAAACAAAGUUGUGGCAGAAGUCAAACCUCAUGAUGCAACUUUCGAAAAGGUUCUGUUGCCUAUGGCUUAUGAUGAGAACGAUUUUGGCCUCGAGGCACACAUCAUUGGAUUUUACCAAUCGGUAUCAGCUGAUCAAGCUCUACGAGAUGCAUCUACAGAGGCCGAGAAGCUCAUGGACGACUUCUCCAUUGAAUCAUCAAUGCGGGAGGAUGUAUUCAAGCUUGUGGAAUCAGCCUUCAGUAAAGGUGAUAAGCUGGACGCUGAGUCUCAAAGACUACUAGAAAAGGCACAUAAGGAAUACAUCCGCAAUGGGCUAGGGUUACCAGCCGGGCACAAAAGAGAUCGAUACAAGGAGAUCAAGAAGAGACUUAGCCAGCUCUGCAUUGUCUUCUCGAAGAAUCUGAAUGAGGAGAUUGGAGGAAUCUGGUUUACCUCAGAGGAGCUGAAAGGUGUCCCGGAAGACGUAACGUCUCUUUUUGAGAAGGGCAAGGGUGAGAACGCCGGAAAAUUGAGAAUGACAUUCAAGAAACCAGACUACUUUCCUACUUUGAAAUAUGCCAAAGACCCAGCUACGAGGAAGAAGGCCUACAUUGAUGACAACAAUAAGCUGCCUCAGAAUAUACCGAUAUUCAGAGAAGUGAUCAUUCUACGCGAUGAGGCUGCUCGACUUCUCGGAUAUCCCAAUCAUGCUGCCUUCAUUAUUGAAGACAAGAUGGCCAAGACCCCAAAAACAGUCGAUGAUUUCCUAGGCGAUUUAAGACAGCGGCUUACAAAAGGAGGCACUUCAGAGAUCAACACUCUGACGGAAUUGAAGAAACAAGACUAUAAGUCCUUAGGUUUGGAGCAGAAGUUUGAUGGGAAAUACUACCUUUGGGACAACCGCUACUACGACCGCUUAAUGCUUGAGAAAGACUACUCUUUGGACCAGGAAAAAUUCGCUGAAUGGUUUCCGCUUGAAACAUCAAUCCGCGGCAUGCUUACUGUCUUCGAGACGCUAUUUGGCCUGAUGUUCGUCGAAGUAACCGGCGGUGACCGCUCCUCUAUCUCUCCGUCUGGCAAAGGCGAUGAUAUCGUCUGGCACCCUGACUGCCAGGUUUUCAGCGUCUGGGACUCCGAAGACCAAGGCAGCGGCUUCGUCGGCUACCUCUACUUGGACCUCCAUCCUCGUCAAGGUAAGUAUGGUCAUGCCGCAAAUUUCAAUAUCCAGCCCGGCUUCAUAAAUGCAAAUGGCACGCGCCACUACCCUGUUACAGCCCUUGUGUGCAAUUUCUCAAAGCCGACACCUAAGAAGCCGAGUCUCCUAAAGCAUGAAGAGGUCACUACCCUCUUCCACGAACUCGGUCACGGCAUUCAUGACCUCGUCUCCAAGACGCACUACUCCCGCUUCCAUGGUACAAACGUCGUCCGCGACUUCGUCGAAGCCCCCUCUCAAAUGCUCGAAAACUGGUGCUGGACUCCGUCCCAGCUCAAAGCAUUAAGCCACCACUAUUCCACCCUCUCUCCAGAAUACGAAGCUGCAUGGCGUGAACAAGCCGGCAAAGACGCAUCAACCCCCGAGAAGAAAUUACCAGACGAGUUGAUCGAGAACCUCAUCAAGACCAAGCAUGUUAAUGAUGCGCUCUUCAACCUCCGACAGUUGCACUUCGGCAUCUUCGAUAUGACAAUCCACGAGCCAAAAAGCCACGAAGAGGCAGAAGCCUUCAAGCUGAGCGAAAUGUACAACAAGCUCGGCUACGAAAUCACCCAGCUCGACUCGCCAGCCCAGCUAGGCGCAGGCUAUGACUGGGGCCACGGCGAAACAACCUUCGGCCACCUCCUCGGCGGCUACGACGCCGGCUACUACGGUUACCUCUCCAGCCAAGUCUACAGCGCCGACAUGUUCCACACCGUCUUCGCCAAAGAUCCCAUGAACCGGGAAGAGGGCAGGCGGUACAGACACAUGGUGCUCGAGAAGGGAGGGAGCCAGGAUGAGAUGGAGACGUUGAAGGGGUUUUUGGGGAGGGAACCGAACGGGGAUGCGUUUUAUCGGGAGCUGGGGCUGGCGUGA